AUGGUGUUCUUAUGGGUAAUGGGGCAGGCGAGGAAAAGUUUCUCCGGGCGCCGAGUCGCGAGGGGCCGCCCGAGCGCGCCCGGGAGCAGUGUGGGCAGUGAUGGGGAUGGCCGGGAGCUGGGUCACUGCAAGUCUCUGCUGGGAGCGUUGCAGGAACCUUCCCUCUACACGGUCAAGGCUGUUUUCAUCCUCGAUAAUGAUGGACACCGCCUGCUGGCCAAGUAUUAUGAUGACACAUUCCCCUCCAUGAAGGAGCAGAUGGUCUUCGAGAAAAAUGUCUUCAACAAGACUAGCCGGACUGACAGUGAAAUCGCAUUUUUCGGGGGCAUGACCAUCGUCUACAAAAGCAGCAUCGACCUCUUCCUGUACGUGGUGGGCUCAUCCCAUGAAAAUGAGCUAAUGCUGAUGGCUGUUCUCACCUGCCUGUUUGAGUCCCUGAACUACAUGUUGAGGAAGAACGUGGAGAAGCGCUGCUUGAUGGAGAACAUGGACGGAGCCUUCUUAGUGCUGGACGAGAUCGUGGAUGGCGGAGUGAUUCUGGAGAGUGACCCCCAGCAAGUGGUCCAGAAAGUGAAUUUUAGGGCAGAUGACAGCGGCUUGACUGAACAGAGCGUGGCCCAGGUUCUUCAGUCCGCCAAGGAACAAAUUAAAUGGUCGUUGCUGAAAUGAAGGCUGUGCAUUCAGAUCUCCCUGCCUGCAGGCCAUUUCUCCAAUCCUGGCUCUCCAAGGGCAGGAGAGACGCUCUGCCUCCCCACGUCCUCCCGCAGUGGCCCCCAGGGUCUUCAGCCAGGGGCUCUGGCAGGCCAAGGGCUGGUCCUGCAUUGAGCCGACCCUCUCACUGCCCGGGAACCUGCUGAGUGGCCAUAACCAGCCCUUUGGCACCCCUUGCUCCAGAGCCUAAUAAACCUGCAUUUGCCUCCUGCCC